AUGAUGAGUACUGUUUCCGGACGCGUUGCCGUCGUGACUGGAUCCAACAAGGGCAUUGGUUACUUCAUUGCCUUGCAAUUAGGCCUUUCGAAUCUGUUUGAGCACGUAUUGCUUGCGUGUCGGGACGAAUCGCGAGCAGCCGACGCAGUGGCUUCGCUGCAAGCUCAGCUCCCGAACAAGGUCAAGGUUUCCUCCGCGAGUCUCACCCUAGGCAAUACGGAAUCACACCGGGCCUUUGCCAAACAAAUGGAGGAAUCCUUUGGGAAAGUUGAUGUUCUGGUAAACAAUGCGGGGUUUGCUUUCAAGGGUUCAGAUUCAACUCCCUUUAAAGAACAAUGCACGCCUACGUUGGACAUUAACUUUCGUGGUACGGUAGAUUUGACCAAUCGCCUAUUGCCGUUGAUAGAAAAGGGAACAGAUCCACGCGUGGUGAACGUUGCCAGUAUGGCGGGACGCCUGGCCCAACUGUCCCCCGAACUGCAAAGCAAGUUUUCGUCCAACGAUUUGACCAUGGCCGAAUUGGAAUCGCUAGUCGAUCAGUUUGAAACGGCUGUUCAUGACGGUACACAAAAGGACAAGGGAUGGGGAAGUUCCAACUACGGGAUCAGCAAACUGGCGGUCAUUGCCGCUACCAAAGUCUGGGCGCGGGAGUACGCCAACAAGGGAACCGUCUCGAUCAAUUGUUGCUGUCCCGGCUAUUGCAAAACCGAUAUGACCAGUGCAAAAGGUGUCCGUGAUCCGGCGGAUGGUGCCAAGAAUGCGGUGAUCCCAGCGACCAUGGAGAAUCCUCCCACAGGACAAUUCUUUGAAAACUUUAAAGUCGGCCAAUGGUAAAGGUCGAUUGGAGAGACCUACGGAAACGUUAUCUGCAUAUGUACACAUAGAUUUCUUACAAUAUGAUGAUGACGUAUAUACAUAC